CCCAAGAAGGAGGUGGAGGUGGGUCACGUGACCCAUGGGCUCCUCCACCAACACAUAGAGAUACGGGGCCACCGCGCUGGUGACAUAGGUUACAUCACCUAUCGACAUGGAGUAAUCUAUGCAAAAGAGUUCGGAUUCAACAGGCAUUUUGAAGCGCAUUGCUGGACUGCCGAGACAGGCGGGGAGUUUCUAGGGUGUAUCAUGCUCAUCAAAGAGCCUGAAACACCAAGCACAGCAAGAGUGAGAUGCUUCUUGGUGGAGGACUGUGCGCGAGGAUCUGGCUUGGGAACCAGUUUGAUGACAGGCUGCAUCGAUACGGCAAAGGAAUUGGGUUAUGAGCAUCUUGUGUUGUCAACCACCAACUUGUCUGGCUCCGCGCGCCGCUUGUACGCCAAAUUUGGGUUCAGGCUAGAGAGUAAGACAGAACAUCAAGAGUGGGGAAUUAGGCAUAUUGGAGAAACAUGGAGGAUGGAAUUGUAAAGUGUUCAGCAGACAAUUGUAGACCGGUGCACUGCAAGCCAUUGCCAACAAUCAUACAAUAGUCGAACAGGACUAGUGUUAUAGCUUCACCCAUUUGACCAGUCUAAAGAUGGAUAGGGAUUCUAAUGGCAUUGCACCUUGUUCUAGCAUCAUGUUCAUGAUAUCUUUUUUGCUUAAUACCCGUGCUUCUUAAGCCAGCCUACAAGGUCUGCUUCUGCCUUUACCCUAAGCUCGGCUCUCUUCACCUCGUCAUGUUCCUCGAGAACUGACGCGCUGCCUAGCCAGUAUGGACACAGG